AUGACAUCCUCUGAUACGGAUGCUGUAUCCCUUGAUGCAAUAGAGAAACUACAUGUUAUAGAAUGGGAACAUUUAGAUUUAAAAAAAUUUUAUCCAAUGGCUUUAGUUACCAGUUGGACAGUUCGAACAGCAUUAUACCCGAUGUCUGUUGUUAAAUCUAGACUACAACUUCAGCGACAAAAUGAAAUAUAUAAAGGAACAUUUGAUGCAUUUAGAAAGAUUGCCAGAAACGAAGGAUUUCUAGCAUUUUAUCGUGGUUUCUGGAUAACCUUACCACAAUUGUCUGUCUCAUUUAUGUAUUCAAAUGUGUAUGAGCGGAUAAGAGGAGUUCUGUCAAAAGAAUUUGGACCACAUAGAUCUGCUACUAUAUCUGCUGUUUCAGGAGGUGUUGCUUCAUUAUUUGGACAAUUACUUUUUGUUCCUACUGAUUUAAUAGCACAGCAUAUGAUGGUUUAUAAAAAUGCUGAGAUGUUUACAGGUGGUGCAAAAAAUUUAGAUGUCAUAAAAGCGUUAAGAAAUGAUAAACUGGAAGGAAAAUUGACUCUUGGAUUGAGAAUGGUUCUUGCUGUUUACAAAGUAGAUGGUUUAAGAGGAUUUUAUAGGGGUUAUAUAUCGUCAGUAAUGCUUUAUGCUCCUUCAUCAAUUGUAUUUUGGUCUAGUUAUUAUCAUUAUCUUGAUUUAUUUAAACGUAUCAAUCUUUAUCUGGUUUAUUUGGUGGUAAUUCGUAUUCAAGUACAUAGGACGACUUAUUUAGAAACAUUACAACGAAUAAUAAAAUACGAAGGUUUAUCUGUUUUCUCAAAAGGUUUAAUUCCAAGAAUGAUAAAUAAUGGUAUUUAUUCUUUAUUUAUAAUGUUAGGAUAUGAAAGAGUUAAACAAUGGCUUCAAUUUUCAAGACAGUGGCAUAUUGUGGAUGCUAAUCAACAAGAUCCUUAUAAACUAGGUCAAAAAGUAGCUGAUCAUUUAAUUGGUAAAUGGAAACCUUUUUAUCAUCCUGAAACCGAUUGUGGUGAUCACGUAGUAGUAAUAAAUUGUAAAGAUAUUGCUAUGAAAGGGUUUGAUUGGAAACAUACUACUUAUCAUUUUGAUAAUCAGUACCCUAAGGGGCGCAACGAUUUUACAGCAUUUGAAAUUCAUGAAUAUGAUCCAUGUAGAAUAAUGUUUCUUGCUACUUACAAAAAAUUGGGAAAUAAUUUAGUAAGGAGAAUGGUUAUAGAAAGAUUACACCUUUUUCCAUCAACAGAGAUACCUGAAUUUUUACAAAAAAAUAUUUCUAAUCAGUUAAGGCAAGUUCAAGAAGUACCAAAACGUUCAAUUGAUUAUACAAAUGAAGAAAGAGAAAGUUUUCCACGUCUAUUUAAACGUCCAGAAGAUUAUCUUUUAGAUUGGGAAGAACCUAUCGAAACAGUUGUAAAUGAUUCAACAUCAGUUUGA